AUGCAAUUUCAGAAAACCGUAUUUCUAAGCACUCAAGUGCCUCCAGCAUCGCUUAUACGGAAUGAUAUUGCAGCGGAAAUCCCUGGUCUUUUGCCGCUCUACGACGACUUCCCAGACAUUGUAUACACCAAGGCCGAUCCCGUUUAUGAGACAAUAAGUCCUGCAUUCAAGAAAUCAACGACGACUAAACCACUAGCGGUAGUUCGGCCUCUAAAUGAAAGCCAUGUCCAGGCCACUAUUAAAGCAGCCCGCGUGGCUGGAUUACCUCUAGGAAUUCGCUCUGGAGGGUUGGAAAUGGCGGGAAGAAACUACAAGGGAACUGACAAAGGCAUUUUACUGGACCUUCGCAGCCUGUGCUCUAUCCAUGUGUCCGAUGACAAGGCAUCUGCAAUUAUUGGUGGAGGCACCAUAGGAGUUGAUUUGGCUGUUUCUCUGUCAAAGCAGGGUGUCUUUACACCUAUCGGAUGGCAUCCAAGGCUCGGUUACGCAGGAUGGGCAAUGGCGGGAGGUUAUGGUCUUUAUUCUUCGCCAUACGGCCUUGGUGUCGAUAAUAUCCUCGGCGCUCGUGUCGUUCUUGCUGAUGGGUCUGCGGUUGAUGUCGACGAUAAAAAUCACCCAGAUCUGUUCUGGGCACUUCGAGGGGCUGGAAACGGCAUAUGGGGUGUUGUGACACAACUCACAAUUAAAGUCUAUCCACCACCAAAUCUUUUGAUCGGCACUUUAAGGAUUCCUAAGAAAGAUUGGCCGGUAGCAUUGGACAAAUGGGCCAACAACAUCGAGCCUAAUCUCCCUGAUGAGUUUGGAGGAGAAGUUUACUUUAGGAAUCCCGUAUUAGAUAGUCCUGAGAUGAUCAUCUUCUUUGCCUGGUGCGCAAAAGAAGGCGAGGAUAUACAAAAAGGCUGGGACUAUUUCGAGAAGAUCAAGUCACUACCAGGUGCAGAGGUGCAACGCAUUGCAGAAUCUGACUUUGCCACCCACAUUACAUCGGAACCGAGUGCGCAGCCAGUAUCUUACCAGGUUCGUGGAGUUGUUGCAAAAGGCCUGACCAGCAACAUAGCUUCGGUCUUGAACCGCCAAUGGACUGACCCCAAGAUAUACUCUGGAAUUCCUUGUCACUGUGCACACGGAAACGCCAUCAAACCAGAUCCGGGCGCCUGCUUCCCCCUGCGAUAUCGUCACAGGCUGUUCCCUCUUAAUUCUCGCCACUCUGAAUUGAUGGGGACAGAAGAAGGAGAGUCGCUUGUGGCUGAAUCGUCUGCCCGUCUGAUUGACGGGAUCAAGGCUACUGGCGAUGCAUAUGUUGGAGCGUCUUAUCAAAAUUUAAUUCCUCCUAUUGAUACUGACUUGGAGGUCACAUUUGGAAGAGAGACUCUGGAGAAACUCAAGACGAUAAAGAAGAAAUACGACCCGGAAAAUUUCUUUUCAAGAGGAUAUCCUGCUUUGGAUGUUUAA